AUGACUAAAAACAGUGAUAUAAUAGAGGAGGUUGAAAGUUUUAAGAACCUAGGAUCUUUUGUACAAAACAAUGGUGGCUUUGACAAGGAUUUGAAGUGGAGAGAAUUAUCAGAUGUAUAUGAUUAGAGGAUUCUAAUAAGACUUAAAGCUAAGUUCUAUAAAAGUAUGGUGAGACUGACGACUUAUGUAUGAUUUGGAGUGUUGGGUGAUACACAGAAAAUAAGAGUAGUAGAGAUAAUAAUUCUUAGGUGGAUGCGUGAAAUAACAAGAUAAAAUAAGAUAAGGAAUGAAUACAUCAUAAAAGAUUUGAUUGUUCUAACAAAAGUGUACACUUUCUUACAUAGAAUUUACCGUGUACUCCCGAUAAUCCGCGUUGCGGAUUAUCCGCUGUCUUCCACGGAAUCGUCUACAUACCUAUAUGUAUACAAAAAAAUAUAUACGUAUUGUAUCUUUCCAUUAUAAAUCAUUAUUAAGAUUACACAAUUCUUGAUAGCAUUUAUGACAUAAAUACUGCUUGGGGGUUAGUUAAGCAAACUACGUUAGUCAAGUCUUGGAGAAAAAUUUUACCGAGUGUGGAAAAUACUUUGAUAGGGGAAGAAGAAGAAGAAGUCUCUACUUGUGGCAGUCUUGAUUUGGCUAAUUUUUCUAAAUCUCUUACUGGAGGAGAGAAUGUUGAUGAAGAAAACAUUAAUGAGUGGAUAAAUUGUGAUGCCAAUGAUCCCGGAUUUGAGCAUCUUAGUGAUAAACAAAUAGUAAGUGGAGCAUUAGGUACAGUAUCAGAAAGUGAAGAUGAAGAAGAAGAAAACGAUGAAGUUAAUGAAGUAAAGCAAGUUAGUCAUGAAGCAGCUCUAAAACAUAUAGACGGGAUCAUUAAAUAUCUAAGUUAA